AUGGAAAAAACAAAAGGAUUGAUUACCCCAAGUGGUAAGCCACUUAGUCUGGUAAAUCCACCCUCCAAUGAUAGUCCCACGGAUUCUGGGGGGGGGGGGGGGCAACUAUUGCUUAAUUCAACUUCGACAUCGGUAACUCCGACAAAUAGUAUUUCGGGGAGGAGCACAUUAACACCACGUACUCCUCCCGAUGAUUAUUGGAAGAAGUUAGAGGAGGCUGUAGCGAUGACAGAUAAAAACAACCAAAGUGACAACAGGGAGAGUCAGAUACCAGAGGUAAACGUUUCCAAGAAGUACUCUGUACGUGGCACGGUUAACCGAAAGGAUGAUGCUUUAAAUGUAUGUCAAAAACUUAGAAACGAAAUUAAAGAACUAAAAGAAGAAAACGCAGCACUGAAAGCAGAGCUGGAAAAGGUAAAAAGAAACAAUAGUAGCCUAAAUAAUUCAGAACCACCAAAAGUAGCAAAAGUGCGUACAGCACCUAGCACAAGUGAAGAGGACUUUACUGUUUUUGAAACCGAAGACAGCAACACCAUGUUAGCUAAAUCUUUUAAUUUUAAACCAAAACCUGUCACGAAAAGAAAGGCCAAAAGAUCACCCGAAAAACCUAUUGGUGUCAGUUCAAAUAUGGCAAAAAAAAAUAAAAAAAGUGAGGAAAAGAAAACUAGUAAGCAAGGUAUACACAUUGAACAAACCCAUCCCAAAAUAUUGAGGUAGAGAAAAAUGUUCAAGGAAAAGAACAAGCUAAG